CUUGCGCGUCGUGGAUGAUGAAACGCGUCUCGAUUUUGAUUAUUGUAGCUUUACCUCUCGUUAAGACCUACAACCCUGCAAAGCCAAUCAGACAUAAGCACAACACGACACGAGAGAGAAGCACAAGCCAAGCUGACAUCUAGGACAAGGAUAUCGUACGCGUCAACUUCGCCAUGCAGCAUACUUCUAUACCAGAGCGAUACCCUCCAAGCCCCGGAAUCGCACCCAUGCCCUGUGUUUAAAGCGAUCGCUAUUCAUUUCAAACAUACAAACUCCAGGCUGCGCGAAGAAACGCUCAAACAAAAUGGCCUCCUCCAUCCUCCACUCUCAAUCUCCAACACUCCUCAAAAUUGCUGGCCUCGGAGCCUUCUUCCCACUCGCAUUAGGCCUGAUCGGCACAUUUUCUCCAUACAGCGGCUUCAAACUGUUUGGCCUGCCCGAGCCUACAACACCGCAAGCCAAAAAGCAAGGCGCGAAUCUGAUGAUGUUCUGGGGUUCUCGCGAUGUCUAUAUGGGACUCACUGCACUAGCAGCGUGGUAUGAAGGAGCUGGGAGAGUUCUGGGUUGGUUAUAUCUCUGCGGGACGUUGGUGGCAAUCAGCGAUGGCGUGCAGAGUAUUAGAGAGACAGGAGGAGGAGCGUGGAAGCACGUCAUGUGGUGUCCAGUUGUAGUUGGAAUCGCCGGGGGCUUAUUGGGGUGGUUCGAUUGAGGAACUCAGAAAGAAAGAGAGAAGAGAGCGCUAGUCGGCUGAGACCACAACGCAACAAUCUGGGAUCCUCUUGACUUGGGAAGAGCGAGCAUGCAUAGUCAGACUGAUCAUCAUCCGCGAAGAGCUUUCGCAUAUGUGAGACCUCUUAGCAGAAGCUUGACUGCUUCAGCCAAUCCAACAGCCAUCAACAGCGUGUAAAAUCAAAGGGUCGCGUGCACGAAUCUUAGUCGUUCAGUGAUGGCUCUUCCCAGCCACUCGAGAGACCUACAACGCCGUCCAUGGUGCUCAUAUACACAUACGCCACAUCGUUGACACGAAUGGUAUAGGAAGAAAGAGAUCAACGCCCGACGAGCAGCUGACGUCGAAUACGACCAGACCUAUCCGACAAGGAUACCUUCUAAAACGCCAAAGUUGAUCACUGAUCACGGACAUAAAAAAAAUCACCGUUCCGAACAUACAUAACCAUCUUCUGCUUUGCUAUUAGUCAGAGAGGCGUAAAUCAGAAAGCAAUGGAAGACACAAUUAUUGCAGAGCGCCGAGCAUUGAUACAAGAACAGACAGCAGACUUUUCGCAGAAUCUAUAUCCCGUACUCACCACACCU